AAAAAAAAAAAAAAAAAAAAAGUUUUCGAACUCGAAAAAUUAACUAAAAAAAAUUAACUAUAAUUUUACCAUAAAUUAAACCUAGUCCUAAGCAACUGAGCUAGCUAUAUGUGUUGAGAAAUUUUGUAUACUCAAAACUCAAGCCACGCAACCACAUCCAAGUUCAAUAAAUCGUGGGCUAUGUACGCCACCCGAGUAGCUGGCGACAUGAAGAUCUUUGCCGCAGAUGUUGCCGAGAGCAGCGCCACGGAAACAUGCAGCACUCCCGUGCAGCAGCAACAGCAGCUGCAGCAACUCGAGUUCCGGUCGCGGAUUUCCGCCGGAUCGCCGGCUCCCAAGCCGGGGCAGUGCCAUCUGAAGUUCGGAAAGUACAACAACAAGGCGGCGAAUCAAGCGAGCAGUUGCCACAGCAGCAACACCGAGAGCAACAAAGGACAACAGCAGCAACAACUGCAGUACUGCAGCAACAGUAACUCGUGGGCUCGCAAAAAAUACUUUGGCAGCAGCAACGGCAGCAACGGCAGCAGUCUUCAGCAACAGCAACUGCAAUCCACGUAUUUCCAGCGACAGCAGCAGCAGCAGCAGCAACAAGAACAGCAAACGCUUAACAACAACAACGUGCUGAUGAAGAAUCAAAAUCUCGUCCAGCCACAAUUGACUGACUGCAAGCCCAGCGAAAGCAACAGCAAUAGCAGCAGCAACAUCAACGGCAACAGCAGCAACAGAAUGGCGGCAAAGCCAGCCAAAUGGCUCAGCGACAACAGCAGCAGCAACAUUAGCAACAAUAGCAUCGGCUGCAGAAAUACCACCAAUAACAUUGGUACAAAAAAGCGCAACCCAUCGGCAGAUGCCAUUGCUGGCUACUAUCGCAAGUGCCCAGACUCCCUGAGUCCAGAAACCGCAGCUGAGUCGACGGGAAAAGAGGCGGCAGUAGCAGUAGCAGGACAUGGCCAGACCAGCCCCUCAGUUGCAGGCUCGAGCACGGAAAGUGGUACGGAAACAUCCGCGGCCAAGAACCAGGAUGAGGGACAUGUCCAGGAGCCUGACAAGCAGCGACCCCGACAGCAACCCCUUAGUUUCUGGAAAACCAACUACCCGCAGCCAGCCGCCAGCCAGCAAAAGAAUGUUGUCAAAUUCCAGAAGGAGACGGUGGCAGCAGUUGUUUCAGCGGCUGCUGUGGCGGCAGCUGCAUCCGAGCACGAACAGCAACACCAACAGCAACAUCAGUCUCUGGCCUUCGAGAACAGGCGAAACUCGGGCUACCAGCAACAUCAGCAGCACAAUUACUAUCAAUAUUACUAUCCACAGCCCAAACAGUUGACCAUCGCCUCGUUCCUGCAGAAGGAACUUUUGCCAGACAGCAGCGAAAAGACCAGCCAGCACAGCAACAACAGCAACAGCAGCAGUAACAACGGCAGCAGCAGCAGCAACAACGGCAACAGCAACAGCAGCUUUUCAAGGCAGCAAUACGGUCAUCAGUCUGUGGGAACUGGCAGCUACCAGCAGCAACAGCAGCGCUACCGUAAUGCCCAGAACGUCUAUCAGCACUACCAGCACCAGCAGCACCAGCAGCACCAGCAGCAACAUCAGCAACAUCAGCCGCAGCAGCAACACCCUCCGCAUCAGCAUGGGAUCGGCAACUCGCACUUCCGCCGGAAGCACAGCGACAACAAUAACAGCAGCAGCGGCAUCAACAAGAAGAUGCACUACAGUCCAUCGGUGAAAAACGGGGAUCCCGCCGGGUCCGCUUCUGGCCAUCAACAGCAUCAUAAUCCACAUCAGCAGCAGAAGACAAUCGAGAUUCUGGCCAGCAGCAACUUCAGCGCAGCGCAUCGCCGCAUGCAAGGCGGAGGCGGUAAGAACGGAUACUACCACAACAACUAUCACCCGCUGGCGGGCGAGGGCGGCUCCACGCCCACGCGCUCCGAGCACCAGAACAUCUACAACCUCACCUACAUCCAUGUCGACAUGGAGGCAUCCAGUGAGGCUGUUGCAUCGACGGCGGGAACGACACCGGUGGUCAAGCCCUCGUUGCUCAAUAAACCGAGUAUUUCGAUAACGCCGGUUCCUUCCGUCUCCUCCGUCUCAGUGUCAACCCCAACCAAUGUAGAAAGGGGGGUGGGGGGGAUGCCUCAGGCGGUGAACGGCUCCGUUCUGCCAGCAGCGGCAGCCCACGUCCGCAACAUGUUCGCACCGCCGCCGCUCGCGAUGAUUGGUGGCCACAAGCUGCUCUCCCCGGUGACUGGCGUCAGCAUCACCACCACCACCACCACGCCCACCAAGAUGAUCAGCUGCGCCCAGCUGGACGAGGCCAUAACGGCAGCGGCAGCCAGCGGAGGAGAUCCCUCAGCCAGCAGUCCCAGCUUCAACCAGGCGGUGCCCUUUAUUGUUCCCUCCCAGCAGCAACAGCAGCAGUCGCACCUAAUCCCGAACUGCAGCACUUCGCAGACGCAGCCGCUGCCGCCUCCGCCGCAGGUGUUCUUUCAUUUCGGCGACGGGUUCUGCAACCCGGGGCAGGGCCACCAAGCGCCUCCGGCUCCCGUGUGGGCACAUUCCAGGUCGCCUUGCUACCAGUCCUCGUACGGAUCCAGCUGCAGCCUCAACGGGAUCGGCAAUGGGAACUCGCCGCACUCCAAGGAUGGGAAUGCAGUUGGACUGCGACCCGGUUCGCCCGCCCUUUCCACCUCAUCGCUGGGCAGCGAAUCCCAUUGGAGCGGCACAAGCAAUCGCAGUCGCUUGGGCGGAGGCCACGGAGGCCACCUCUCCAUUUCACCCACUCCAAGUGCUUUAGGAUCUGCACAGUUGUCCCCCCAUCUGCCCCCCCAUCUGCACCAGCCGCACCAACCACACCAGCCACACCAGCAACUCCAGCAACACCCUCCCCCGCUCGUAACCCAUCACCCGCAUGGGCAGCUAAACGGACACGCAAUGACCCCCUUUAUCCCACACCGUCCCCAUCCGCCGCCGCCUCCGCCAGUUUCGUCCCCGAAUCCCACGCCAGGAGCCACAGCAGGAGGACCCUGGUACGAGCUGGUCCUGCCCCCCGAUCGCUACUUGGCCCAAGCGCGGAACACGGAGGUCGUCGUUCAGCCUGAGAAGCUCAUCUGCAUGUGCAAGUACGACAACCUGUCUGCUGACAUCUGGAAGAGGUUCCGGGGCGCCCAGCAGACGCAGCAGAAGUUCAAGCUCAAGAUGCGGCUCUGGCGGUACCUAUUCCUUUGGAUGAAUCAACCGAUGUUCGAGAGGUACCGCAUCUGCUUAGUUGGGUCGACCAUCACUGGCUUCGGGACGGACUCCUCCGACAUCGACAUGUGCCUGCUUCCCGAGCAGGGGGCGCAUCCUCAUCCUCAUCCCCACCAGCAUCAGUACCACCAGCACCACCACUACCACAACGAGAAGCGGACCGAGGCUCUGAUCAUUCUCACCCUGUUCAACGCGGUGUUGAAGGACACAGAGGUUUUUCAGGACUUUAACCUGAUCGAGGCGAGGGUGCCGAUCCUGCGCUUUAAAGACAUUACCAAUGGAAUCGAAGUCGAUCUCAACUUCAACAACUGCGUAGGUAUCAAAAACACCUAUCUGCUGCAGCUUUACGCCCAACUGGAUUGGCGGACACGGCCGUUGGUGGUGAUUGUGAAGCUCUGGGCGCAGUACCACGACAUCAACGACGCCAAACGCAUGACCAUCUCGAGCUACUCGCUGGUCCUAAUGGUGCUGCACUACCUGCAGCACGCCUGUGUGCCGCACGUCCUGCCCUGCCUGCACACCCUCUACCCGGAGAAGUUCCAGCUGGGGCAGCAGGACUGCCUCGACCUGGAUCUCAUCGAGUCGAUCGAGCCCUACCCGGCGCUGAACAGCCAGACGCUCGGCGAGCACCUGCUUGGCUUCUUCAAGUACUACAGCAGCUUUGACUUCCGGAACCUGGCCAUCUCCAUACGCACUGGCGGCGUCUUGCCGGUCUCCACGUGCCGCAUGGCCAAGAGCCCCAAGAACGACGUUUACCAGUGGAAGGAGCUGAACAUCGAGGAGCCCUUCGAUCUGUCCAACACGGCGCGCUCCGUCUACGACUAUGCCACCUUUGAGCGUGUGAAGGCCGUUUUCCUGGCCUCGGCGCGUCGCCUCGACCACACGCUCGACUUGGCCACCGUCUUUCGGCCCAUCCACCAUGUACAGGCACAGGCACAGGCACAGCCACAGGCUCAGGCACAGGAGGGCUUUCCCCAACAGCAGUUCGUCGACCACCAGCUGCACUAUUCCAAUCCCGGCCAGCAGCGGACUGCGGGUGGAGGUGCCGCUCCAGGCUCCAGCAAAUUGAGCCCAGAUGCGGCCACCACCUUUGCCGAACCGACUGCAGCGCACGUAGCCUAGUUGGAACAGAAACAGAGCUGAAAGAUUGAGGUAUUUGCAAAACAUGAAGAUAAAGAUAGUUAACUUGUCCCUGCAAUGUUAGAUCAGAACAGAAACCUUGUAAAUUGAAAUUCAAAUUCGAAAAAUCCGAAAUUACAAACGAUUUGUGUGAGAAACAAAGCGAAUGGAAUAGAAUUUCAAUACAUUUUCAUGCACCCCUAUCUUGUUAAAUGUUAUUAUAUUCAUUUAUUUAUACUUUUAUAAACUCAAAUUGUUUUAUCGGAUUCCAUCACUUAUUGUAAACAUUCACGGAGGUCUGCGAUAUUCGUCCCUCCUGUGGUGUGUAUGUAUCUCUUUGAAAAAUAAAAUGUCACCCGAAAACGUAAACCCAAGUUCUGUGAAAAAAAAAAUAAAACAACAUGCAAACCAAAAAAA